CUUCCUCAUCCCGCUGUCUGCUCUGGAUUUAGGUGUGCAGACUCCUCGUCCAGUACGACUUCCCCCCUGCUGGGCUCUGUUUGGAAACGACAGAGGCGGGGACGGAGAGUCGUAACACAGGAACGAGGAGUCCCAAGGGAAUGUGAAAGUCAAGGCCUUAAAUCCCCGCGAUAAGACUUUACGUACCGCCGCGUUUCUCAUGGAAACAGAUGGAUUUGUGAGGAAGCGUCGGAUGACAGCGGAAACCGCAGGCGGUGAUGCCGGGGUUGCAGGAGCCUCAGCUGGGGCAGAAGUUCGAUGGCUGGGGGGCAGAUUCUGGGGAGUUUCAGAAAGUAUUGUUAGCAGCCUGACGCCGCGUAUCGGGGGAGAAUCGCAGCUGCAAAGCGUGGACGUUGUCUGCGAGGCUCAGGAGGCACAAGCAGAGGACUCGGAACCUGACUAUGAAGGUCUGCCACAGGGAGCAUCUACUAGCACCCACAUGUUGGCAGGCGCCGUGGCGGGGAUAAUGGAGCACUGCCUCAUGUUCCCCAUCGACUGUGUGAAGACAAGAAUGCAGAGUCUCCAGCCUGACCCCGCAGCGCGCUACAAGAAUGUGAUGGACGCUCUUCGCCGGAUCGUAGCCACCGAGGGAGUCUGGCGACCGCUAAGAGGCCUGAAUGCGACGGCCAUUGGCGCCGGGCCCGCUCACGCUCUGUAUUUUGCCAGCUAUGAGAAACUCAAAAAGACUCUAAGUGAUACCAUUCAUCCAGGCGCUAACAGUCAUUUGGCUAAUGGAGCAGCUGGUUGCGUUGCCACAUUGCUUCACGAUGCAGCCAUGAACCCAGCAGAAGUUGUGAAGCAGCGCAUGCAGAUGUUUAAGUCGCCCUACCGGGGCGUGUUGGACUGCGUCGGCGCCGUGUGGCAAAGGGAGGGUCCCGCUGCCUUUUACCGCAGCUACACCACCCAGCUCACCAUGAACGUGCCCUUCCAGGUGCUCCACUUCAUGACCUACGAGUACCUCCAGGAGCUGCUCAACCCUCACAGACUAUACAACCCCUCGUCCCACAUGGUGUCCGGGGCUCUGGCCGGGGCGAUCGCAGCGGCAGCCACCACGCCUCUGGAUGUCUGCAAGACCCUGCUCAACACCCAGGAGUCUCACACCCUCAGCUCCGCCGGUCAAAGCCAGGGAGCCCACAGACAGAUCUCAGGCCUGGUCCACGCCUUCAGGACGGUUUACAGGCUGGGCGGCCUGCAGGGCUUCUUCAAGGGAGUGCAAGCGAGGGUCAUCUACCAGAUGCCCUCCACAGCCAUUAGCUGGUCUGUUUACGAGUUCUUCAAAUACGGACUUACUAAGCACCAGCACAACAAUAUGAGAAUCCAACAUAUCAAGGGCGAGGUGUAGAUUUCCUACGGGUUUAACCUCCUCUCUUAAUACAUCAGGCCUCGCUGUGGCCACAUACGCACAUACAACCAGACGAAAUAUGCCUCAGUCGUCCUGAUCUCCUCAGACAGAGCAGAUAAGAAAGACACCUUCUGAACCGUUUUUAGUCAUUUUACAUCUGUUCACCAUUUCUGCCAUAGGAUGCAACUUUUACACAGUAUUUUCAAGUGUCAUUAAUUUUAAGUAAUCCCUUUUAUUGAAGCAGAACACGCAUGAAGAAGAGUUUGGCAGUCAGCAGUGGUUAGUCAUAACCCUCUGUCCAGGGUUUACUUUAUGAAACUUUGCAGUAAAAUUCAGAUAUAAAAACAAUCAGAUCAAGCUUUUCAGAUAACACAAGUCUACAUUACAUAUUUGGAGUUUAAUGUAGAAAUAAAACGCCUCCAACUAGAAAAAUAGGUUAAAAUUGUUAUGUUGCAUAAACAUACAUCAUUUAUAUGUUCAGGUUGUGUUGAAAAAGCCUCCUGAAAAGCAUCUGAAUGCAGCUAAGUUGUUAAUUUGCAAAGAAGAUUCAUUAUAAAAAAUAUUGAAUAAUACCGCAAGAAGCGACAGUUUUAAUGACGGGGUCAUAAUAUUUCAUGAUCGUAAAAUAAGUCUUAAUUUAUUAUUUAUGUCAGUAAAAAAAUAGACCCAGUGCAGAACUUGGCAGACAAAUACCCUAAAAAUAUAUACCUUAUUUGUUUAUAAUUAUUUCGUUCAGAUGUUUCUUCAAUCAAAUGUUGUUGUUUUUUUUUUUCCCCUGCUGGUAAAAUAUGUAAUAACUGGUCUGUUUUCAGCUUUUCUUGAACUACUGAGGUUUGAUGUUUGUGCGCUUCAUCAGCAGGAGUUUUGUUCUUACUGCAACCAAAAGAGGAGCUGAAUUCAUAACAUUUCACACACCCAACCCGAAGCUGUCGCUCUUACUUGCCGAUGUCUGUUUCCGACACUGAAUUGCACUUGUUCAAUAAAACUUCAGCAGAGGGGCUCUGCUCACUGUUCAUAAAAGAGAAAA